AAGAAAUUCUCUGUCGCACUUAAUGUGGACAUUUGUCGUUCCUUUUAUAAUUUGAAUAAAGUUAUUAAGAUUGACGUUAGUUCCAGUGGCUUCAUCUUUCUCCAAAGGUUUCAUCUUUCACUAGGGGUUCAUUCUUUCGCCACAUUUUGCUGUGCAAUACUUAAAAGGAAGUUUGCC